ACGAGAUACCGAUCCGUUGGCCGAAAGAUCGCGAUAUACGGAAGCGUCACGAUGCUGAGCUCGCAGCUAGCGUACCUCCAGGCGCACGGUGACGGCCUCGUGGGCUCACUGCGGCGGGCCAUGGCGCCGCUCACGAAUGCGUCGCUGCCACCCGAGAUGGACCGCCUCCGCAAGGCACUUGCGAAAGCCUACCCGAGCCACGGGCUCGAGAAAGAGAAGGACAUGGAGCUGCUCACGCAGGCCAAGGCGAGCCUCGGUCCGGCGCUCCACGAGCUGUACACGACCACGUCGAUGCUGCUGGACUGGAAGCUCGCGGCCUUGAGCGUGCUUCGCAGCGUCUGCGUCGACUUUUCGACUCUGCACUUUGGCGUCCACCCGGAGCUCAUGGGACGCUUCCUGCAGCUGUUUGCGACCUACGUCAAGCUGCACGUGCUCUGGGCGACGCAGGUCGACGUCCGCGGCUACCUCGGCCUCCACGGCGCGCUCGACCAUGCCGUCGAGUCGUUUGUGCUUGGCUUUGCCGAGCAUCCGUGGCGGGCGCUGCAGACGGAGCUUAAGGACGAGAUCGCGCCCAAGCUCGGCCCGCUCGUGUGGUCGGCCUACGAAGCUACCGCGGGCUCGCGGGACCUCCUUGCACUGCGCAACCAAGGCUGCUUUGACCUCGAGAAGGCCGCCAUUGGCGUCUUGGACCAUGCGGCGGUCUACGAGCACCUCAUUUCCCACGACGCCAUCGAUGAAUAUGUCGUCUUGACCGCCUUGACGUGUCCUCAGGAGCUGGCGCAGCCACGGGGCAUGGCCGCAUUUGAUGCAGUUGGCAGCACGCUGUUCGGCCUCGUGCUCGCCGAGGACCUCACGCUCUCGGUGCACGAGGUCCUCGCCGAUGUGGCCAAGCUCCUCGACGCCAAGCUCCGAAAGUCACUUCGUCGCAUUGCCAAGCGUGCGACAUCGACGAGCGGCGUCCUGCACCUCUUGGCCCUCGACAAGUCGCUCCUCGGACCGCUCUACCCGAUGGUGCUGGCCAUGGCGCAGGUGGGGCGCGCCGAGGUGCAGUGGUACCUCGUCCACGCCCAGCAAGCAGCGCCAGCGCACGUCAAGGCCAAGCACCACGCGAAAGCGAGCUUCCAGGACCCGCGGCAGCUCGCUUGUCUAAUUUCGCUCUUGCAGCGAAUGGAGGCAGCGACGCAGCCAUCCCAUUCGCUUGUCGAGGUGUAUUACAAGCGGAUGCUGGCCUCGACCGCGGUGCCCGACGUCCCCGCCGACGCGGCCGUGGACCCUCGCGUGGUCGAGAUCCUCGCCGCCACACGUCCGCUCGUACUGUCGAUGGACGAUUGUGACGGCAGCGACCAAGCGCUCGAUGCCUUUAGCGCCAAUUGGGCCAAAGUGGUCGUCUACUGGAGCUGCAGCGGGGUGACGGUGGACGAGCCCUUUGUCGCUGCCAUGCACGCGAUCGAUGCCAACGCCCGCCGGGCGAAUCUGUCGUGGAUUGCAGCUAGCCUCGCGCACGCAACGGACCUUGGCCUGCUCGCGUUCUAUCCAUCGUCGUUGCGCAGCGCCUUUGCGUGGGCGAUCGCGGAGCAGCCAGCAAUGACAUUAAACAUUAUGCACGCCGUGGCCACGCACUCUCAAGCCCUCGCCACGCGCCUCGCCGACGACUGGCUGCGGGGUCUCGAGGCGCUUCUGCGGUCGGCGUUCGAGCAAGCACUCGCGCUUGAGGUCGCACAACGGGAUGGUGCGACAGCGUCUGGGGGACGUGCACUGCAGGCGCUUCCACUGCUCUUUGUUGCCUUGCAAACGUCCAGCGUCAUUGUCCUUCAGAACGCGACGCUGGAUCCGAGCACGCUCUUUGGCGCGGCGAUGUCGUCCGUGCUAACGUCUCUCCUGCGGGACAUGGUGACGGCCAUGACGCCGCCGCGUACGAUGCAGACGCGGCUGCAAGUGUUUCGCCGUUGCUUUGCUCGCUACGAUGGCACGAUGGCCUCGCGACGGCUGCACGAAUGCGCGCCUUCUUCUUCCUCUGUCGAGGACACGCAGCAUGGGAAUCUGCGCUUUGUCGAGGCCAUGGCGCGUCUCUACCUCCGCUUUCUCGUCGCGCUGGCGCCCACCGACGACGGAGCGUGCGGUGUCCCCUUCGUCUGGCUCGAUGACGGCUAUGCCCGGCGCGACGGUGUGGCCUACCGAAAGCUCGACGGACUCGACGCCAACGACCUCGCGACGCCGUUGCAGCUGCAAGCACUGAUCGCGAUCGUCGGUGUCGACGGCUGCCACGUCCUUCAAGCAGCGAUACGCGACUUUAUCGGACAACACAUCGCGCAGUUGCAGCACUGCCUGAGUUUGGACCGUGAUGCGCUAACCGAGUUUGGCAAGAGCCUCCUCUUAGCGCCCAAGACCGCGGUGAAGCGGAUGGCCACCUUGGACAAGGUGACGCAUCACACGGCUGCAAUCGGGCACGCGCUGCACUUGCACACGAGCCUCGACAUGGCGUCGCAAGCAGUUGCCUUGUCGCAGCCGCCGUCGCGUGGUCGGGAUGCACCGGACGACGUCGUCGCCGCAGUCCAGUCGUGUGCAGGCGACGACGACUGGACGCUCCUCCCUCUCCUUUUGAGCGCGGCGAUGACCAGUGCCUACUGGAAGGACCCCGAAGCCAUGCAUGGGGCACGGGCGGUGGCGUCCGCGCAGAAAUUGCUCCUGCGCGUCUUUCGUCCGUCGCUCAGCGUGCCGUUGCCGCGCCACGUGAGCCCGGCACAUGCCCUCGAGACGUUCGUGUUCGUCGUGGCGACGACGUUGCUGACACUGCAGCCGUCGAUGCUCGCGUUCAUUGCGACGCUGACGAGCGAAGCAUCGACGGCGCGUUCUUGUCGGCCGUGGUCCCGCCCGCGGUCGUGGUCGCAGGUCAGAACCACCUUGCCGCUGAGCUAACCGUGCACCACGGACUGCGAGAGGAGACCCGUGUUGCUUAUUAGGCCUGGACAAGAAACAUUCAGUUGUCACUACAUCAAUACCACCUUGCAAUGGCGUCAUG